CGUGAUUAACUGGAAAGAGAAAGAAAAAAAAAAACGCUUUAUGUGUACCUUGUAGUCACUGCAACAAUGACGGAACAGCAACAAGAAAAGCGCUACGAUCCUAAAGACACAACACUCAAGUUUGUUUCGCGCCAGGAUGACAUAACUCUGGACGAUGACCCAGACACUCUUAGAGCUGAGAUGUCAUGUGGCCAUGCAGUCACUCCAGAUUCACUUACUGGAUGGUGUCGUAGUCUACUUGACCAGGGGCAGUACAAGUUCAUGUGCCCUGCGCUUAAAGACGGGACAACACAAAAGUGCAAUGCAGAAUGGCCGUACGUGGAGGUGCGGCGAUUGGCUCUGUUGACACAAGAGGAGCAAACCCAUUUUGAAGAAACGUUGGCUGCCCUGGCCGCAGCCGAAUACUGUGAACACAAAACAUGCCCUGGAUGUCAUUCAUUCGUUGAGAGAGGCGAUUUAACCAACCUGUGUGUCAUGUGCACUAUCUGCACAGCUGAAAUGAAUAAGACAUUUCAGUUCUGCUGGCAGUGCAUGAACAAGUGGAAAGGUCCGGGCCCGCGCUCUGACCGCUGCGACAAUGCCAAUUGUAUCAAUCCUGACAUAGAAAAGUUGUCAAAAUGCCGUAAUGUAACACUCCCUUCUGUUCAAAACGUGACUUGUCCCUCCAUGCGAGCUUGCCCUACUUGUGGCAAUCUGGUGGAGCACGACACGACAGGAUGCAAGAAUGUCAUAUGUAAUCGUUGCACAGUUGAAUUCUGCUUUGUCUGCCUGAAAAUCACUCGAGUGUGCUUGCAAACAAGCACACAUUUUAUGCCCUGUUCUGGUGGGGUUGCACCACGGCAGACCUCUAUUCCAUCCUGGAAUAGAAGAUAAAUGUCUGUAAUAACGAUAUUGCGCAACGCUUUACAAUAAGGUUGACAUUCCUGUUUUGUAAACAUUAGUUAAAGGUGCAGUGUGUAAUUUUUAGAAGGAUCUUUUGACAGAAAAGCAAAAUAAUAUACAAAACUAUAUUAUCAGGGGUGUUUAAAGACCUUUCAUAAUGAACCGUUAUGUUUUUAUUACUGUAGAAUAAGAUGUUUUUAUCUAUAUACACAGAGGGUCCCCUUACAUGGAAGUCGCCAUUUUGUGCCGCCAUUUUUCUACAGAAGCCUGUAAAGGACAAACUUUUUUACCAAGUUGUCUCAGACGAUGAGGUUUUUUCGGGUGGCGGAUACCGUAGCUUCUCUAUGCGUUUCAAAAGUGAGGGGUAAGCAGUGGACUGAGCCGUUGGUUGUAAUUCGCAACCUUACCACGAGAUGCCGCUAAAACUUACACACUGCACCUUUAAUGCAUUAGCUAUCAUGAACUAUCAAUAAACAAUAAUGCUACAUUUAUUAAUCUUAGUUGAUGUUAAUUUAGUAAGAUUAAUCCAGGACUAGGCCUUAGUUAUAUUGGGACAUUUAAGUAGUUUUUUUUUACAAAAUACAUUACUGGUGUGCAUCUUGAAAUAAAACAAUGGUACUGAUAUAUGUUAAGACAGUGGUUCUCAAACUGGGGCCCCAGUUUAAGGACAUUUUUAUAAAAUACAUUAAUUUAACAUACAUUUUGUGUAAUUAAACUAAACAAGGCUACUAACAUUAUACAUUUUAACAUGUUUUUUAAUUCAAAUGUAAAGUUUUGUCAAAAAUUUUCUUGGGGGGCAUGAAGGGAUGCACCGUCCACAAGGGGGGCCAAACGCCGAAAAAGUUUGAGAACUACUGGGUUAAGAAUGUCAGUACAAGAUGUUUUUUAAAUUAAGACAGCUUUAACUUUAAUUGGGGACUAGGACACACCCUGUCUGGGAAACUGCCCCUUUAACUGUUAACAUUAGUAAAUGCACCAUGAUCUAUCAUGAAUAACUGUAUUGAUAACGAACAUUAAUAAAAAUUAACAUAUGCUGAUAAACUAUAAGUAUGUUUAUUGUUUGUUCAUGUUAGUUAAUGCAUUUACUAAUGUUCACUCAUACAACAAAGCAUUAAAAAAUGUCUUCAUAUUUGACAGGCUGCAUAAAAAUUUUGUGUUUCCUCUUCACUAGAAUACAUAAACAUUUUCAAAAGUCAUGUAAACAUGCAAGCUUUGUCUAAAUUUCUAUAUCCACUAUAUGUUUGCUGUUUUUAUUGAUUGUUUUAUUCAUUCUGUGUUAAACUGGAAAUAAAAUAUAGGAAGAAAGUAAAGUGUGAA